CGGAUGUCGAGGACGUCACUGGUUUUACAGUAUUCAAAAGCCAUCUUUGUUAGCUGCUGCAGCAGAGCGAGAGUUGUUUUGCUGUGUAACAGGCGGCGUCAAACUAUCUAAGAAGCGAUGUCAGCUCCAGCCCCUACACAAGGACCCCUCAGUGGGUCGGCCAAUCCAGAGACUGGGGGUCCCCCCCCACCCCCUAACACCACUAGCAACCGUCGGAUCCAGCAGUCCCAAGCACAGGUGGACGAGGUGGUGGAUGUGAUGAGAAUGAACAUGGAGAAGGUCAUGGAGAGAGACACAAAGCUCUCCGAGCUGGAUGACCGCGCUGAUGCUCUCCAAGCUGGGGCCUCCCAGUUCGAAACCAGUGCAGCCAAACUGAAGAGGAAGAACUGGUGGAAAAACUGUAAGAUGAUGAUCAUUCUUGGAGGGGUUUGUGCAAUCAUUCUAAUUAUCAUCAUCAUUUAUUUCUGCACCUAAAGAGGAGUGACAAUGCAGAAGACCCUUGUUUUCCGGGGACCGUACCUUUUCUACAUACUGACCUCUGCAUACAAGUCCCAUGGUUGUUUUUAUUUUGCUUGUAAAUAAUGUGAUCUGAUGGAAUAGCGUGGUGGUCAGCACUAUUAUUUAAUGAGAAUGAUCUGUUUCAACUAUACCAGCUAAAUACUGCCAAGUGUUCCCUUUCCAUUGCCUGUCUGUCAUGUGACAAGUAGCACCCCUUCAGAAUCCUCCGCUCCAUUCUGUUUGCCAAGCAAAGAUAUUAAUGGCUACAAUGUUUCCAGAAGGUGACAGAAAUACUGCUUUGUAAUUGGAGUAGCUCUGUGUCCCGUAAUGUCAUUUUAAAUGAUCUAUUCCUGAUGUGAGGGGUUGUUUUAGAUGUAAAUUCACUGAAUGUCUUUUUUUUUUUUUUUUUUUUUUUUUUUUUGGUAUUGGUGGUAUACGGGUUUUGUGUUUACAAGGACAGAGCAUUAAAAUACUAAGGGGAAUUUAAACCUGUGUUUCAUACUAACCAUACAUAGGCUCUGUCUAAAGCCUUAAAGCAUAUUGAAGUGUGAAUAGUUUAUUGAGAUUGGGGCCAGUAAAAUCCAGUUUGUUAAAGAAAAUGCAAACUACAGUAAGUCAACAGUAUAUUUACAGAGAACCAUAUAUUGUAAAUUUGCUGUUUAUUUUUGCCACAAAUGAGUGCCAAAUUGGAUCUUCAGUCGAGUUUAAGUAACCCAGAUUUAAAUAGUCCCAUUGUGCAGAUUGCAAGUGCAUUAGCCGUUUUUAAUGGUGCAGUACAUUGGGGUUGGGAUUGAAAGUUGAUAAACACCCAACGCACGUACUGUUCCAUACUGUAGAUUUCUGCCACAAGCAACAUUCCACAUUCUAUUCUCUAGCAACUGCGGCUCUGUCUUGUAAAAUAGUGCCACACUCUAGCAGUGCCUUGUAUUAGUCUCACAACAAGGCUUCACAGUGCAGCGACCUGUAGCUUAAACGCCAAGUGCAUUCACUAGUGAUACAUGUUUUUGUAAAUGUGGUGGUGUUGUGCCUUACACUUCUUAGAUUGUUUAAUAAUAAAAACGUGGCUGUCCAGUAUGAUGAGUACAGUCAUGGGAACUACAGUAUUAGUCACUGGGACUACAGUAGCUUGCCUUUGUAAUCACCUGAGAUAUCUCUGACCCAAAACAGCAUGUCAAAGCACAAAUAUUUAAACAAUGAUUCAAAUCAUAGCCUUCUUUUACAAAACGAACUGAGCAACGCUUCACUGACAGUGACAGCAGUUACACGCAAAGUUCAACAGUAUGUAAGUGCACAGAAAAUAUAGAAUCAGGUGCUGUGCACAAUGCAAGCUGAUGUUUACCCCCUCAAGGGUACCCCCAAAGGGUUUGAACUAAACAGCAAACAGCGGGAUUUCUAAUCUAGUUUUCCAUUUAAAAAAAAUGUGGCAUGUGCUCAAUUAUUUCCACAAUGUAGUUCCCAUUGACUGUAUUCUGCUGUCAACUCAUUUGGCUAAAAGUAUUUUGAUACGUCUCUCACACUUUUUUAAUCUUUCAUAAAUAUUCUUGUUAGCCACAAAAUGAAUCUUUUAUUCCUUUAUUGCAACCUUUCUGUAUUACCAGAGUGAAUUGCCUACGUCUGUUAAGCACAAGUAGAAUAAGGACACAUUAUAUUAAGAGUAUACAAAAAACAAGCAUUACAACUUGUUUUCUACUGUAUAAAAAUGCCUUUGCCUAAUUUGUGUCUUAAUGGAGCUUCUUACUUGUGAAGACCAAUGGUAUUGUGUAAGUGCCCCUGCUGGAGGUCAGUUCAAGGUCGUUCCCGAGUCUGUAAUGUUAUGUUUGGACAUUGCAUGGAAGUACUUUGUUUAUUUACUGGAUGUUUUAUUUAUUUUUUUAUGUUGCGAUGGUGAUCCUGUUUACAGAGUUUAAUGUGCAUAUUAAUGUGCAAAUAAAAGUUUUGUUACAAA